AUGGGUAUUUGCCCUUGUUCCGGUCAAACAGUGCUUGGAGCAUCCUCGGAUCUCCUAGCACCUUCACAGGUCAGGCAGCAGUACAUCCAGGAGCCGCAGCAGCUCCCCUACUCACGGCACGCAAGCAGCGGCAAAGAUGUCUGGGAUGCCUUGACACUGAUGGAUGCAUGCCUGGAUAGCCGUCGUAUAAUACUCCUGUACUCCGGCUACGUGAUCGACCCAGGUCAGCGGGACCAUGAGUAUGCAGCCGGCUGGAACCGUGAACAUGUUUGGCCAAAGAGCCAUGCAGCACUGUCAACCUCGUGCCCCGGACCUGGAACAGAUAUCCACAACCUGCAUGCUGCGGACAUCAGCGUCAAUGCCCACAGGGGCAACAAAGACUUUGACGACCUGGUAGCAACAGACUCGAGAGUGCAGGUGGUGACGGACUCCAGCCCACCGGAGGGAUACUCAGGCAUGGAGCGCUUAUGUUUGGUCACCGACUCUGCAUGGGAACCGUCUGACGCCGCAAAGGGAGCAGUGGCUAGGUCGCUGAUGUAUAUGGCUUGCAUGUACGCUGACCGCGGACUGAAGAUUGUGGAGGGCAGAACGCAGAAUCACAGCAUGGAGCUAGGGAAUCUGCAGGCAAUUCUGCGCUGGGCUGCCGCAUUUCCACCCAGCGAGAGGGAGAAGAGGCGGAAUGACAUCGGGCAAAGCCUUCAGGGCAAUCGGAAUCCCUUCAUAGACCACCCAGAUCUCUGCAAAAGAGUGCUGUGGUAG